AUGAUUGACACCGCCGCCGACAGCAAUGGCGCUCCCGACGUAUUCGCUGCGACGUCGCUCGCCGACAUGCGCGCGGGCCUUGCCCUGCUGCACCAGCACGAGGCCAGCGUCACCCUGCGCCUGAACGAGCUCCUCGCGUCGCAAAACGACCUCUCCCGCGAGCUCGGCCGCCUCGACCUGCUCCGUGCCCACCUCGGCACCCAGGUCGUCGGCACGCGUGCCAUCAGCCAUGGCAUGCUGGGCGAUGCCGCUUCGACUGCGCACCGCAUCUCGAGCGCCGUCAACCGCCUCGACCGCGAGCAGUCCAACGUCAAGGCGACGCUGGAGGUGGUCGAGCAGGUCGCCGAGCUCAAGGCUUGCGUGCUGGGCGUGCAUGGCUCCAUGGGAGCGCCGCAGGACUGGGAGACGGCUGCGGGCUACAUCCACCGCGCAUCCAAGAUCCCACACCAGGUCGUCAACGGCGCAUUCGCAGAAGAAAUCGUGCCUACCGCAGAGGUGCCGGAUCCGCCGCGGGUCACCUUGGACGCUGCUGCCGAGUCUCUGUGCGCGCUCUUCUUGCGCGAGUUCGACAAGGCCGCCAAAGAGGGCGAUGGGUCCAAGGUGGCAAGGUUCUUCAAGCUGUUCCCCCUGGUCGGACGCACUGGCACUGGCUUGGACGCUUACGGACGAUACGUCUGCACAGGCGUGGCUUCCAGGGCACGCACGAACCUCAACUCGGCACCCCCUGCGCAGCGAGCAGAGGGACCCUUCUACGGCAACGUCCUCACCAAGCUGUUCGAGCACAUCGCCCAGAUCGUCGAUGGCCACGAGCCUCUCGUCGAGCAGCACUAUGGGCCCGGCAUGAUGGCCAAGGUGAUCGAGCGUCUCCAGAUCGAAGCGGACGUGCAAGGCGGUAUCGUGCUGGACGCAUGGCGUGAAGAGCGCAACAUCGACCGCAGGCUGACGGACAUCAAGUCCUACGCCUUCUCUUUCCUCGUACAGAGCUUUCUCCCUGCCCAGCAGCCAUCAAAUGGCACGCCUCGCUCCCGUUCACCUGCCGCUGCACCAGUUCGCACCAGUGAAGACGAGGGCGUUGACAUGAAGGAGGUCGACGCUCUGCUUGGGGAGAGCGCGCUGAUGCUUGGCCGAUACGCGCUCUACUCGCGCUUCAUUUCCGACAAGUGCGCACCUUCGCAGCCCGAAGACCGUAUCGAUCACGGCCUGGUGAUGCCGCACUUCCUGGCGAACAGCAACCUGCAACGCAAGGUGGGCAGCCAUCUGGUCGAACCCUUCAGUACGAUGACCACCUUCUUCUUCCGUCGAUCUGUCGAGAAGGCUUUCCAGCUGGACGAAUCCCCGCCAGACCUCACUCUCAAUCCCAAUAAGCCGCUCGGCUCGAGUCCACCGUUUGUCACCUCUGCCGUCGACGACGUCAUGUACAUUGUCAACCAGGUCUGCCAGCGGACCUUAGCAACGUCUCAGCGAGCUGUUGUAGCCAGUGUGAUCCCCACCGUGAGCCGAGUCUUGGGGUCAGACUUCAUCGGCAUGACGCAGCGCAAGAUGCGUGACGAGAGCUAUCCCAAGCCUGUCAGAGCUGGCGAGCUGCCACCCGAGAACAAGGUCAUCGCAUUCACAGUCUUGAUCAACAAUCUCGACAUAGCGAAUGACUACAUCAAUCGGAUCGUUGAACAGCAGCUGGGCCGCCGCAACCCGGAGUCUGGGAAGUCGCCGCUGCAGGACCUGUUUCCCUUUGGUCACGACGCCGUCUUUGUUGAGACGACACUCCGGGGCUUGGAAUCUGCGUUUGCGACGAAAAGCACAGAGCUGCUGAAUGACGGCAUAACAGUCCUCUUCGCGAACGUCCUCAAGCCUCGCAUUCGACCCAUUCUAGCCGAAGCCUUCCGCGAUAUUGAUUACGCGCCACCAGAAGACGGCGAUGAUCUGGACGAAGAAGAAGAAGCAGAAGAAGACGACGGCGACGAUGCAGACCUAGCCAAAUCGCGCUUCGACCGUGGCUGGGGGGUUGUGAUCCGUCCGCUGAAGCGUAUCUUAACAGCCGCGAACUUCGACCGUCUCCUUACGAUGGCGCUCAACUACCUCGCCACUGCCCUCGAGAAGCGCAUCAAACAAUACUACGGUCGUGUCAACGAGCUCGGUGCGGUCAGGUUGGAGCGCGACAUCUCAGGCAUCGUCACAGCAGCUGUCGCAGGUGGCAAGUACGGCCUGCGCGACGCAUUCACAAAGUGCACGCAAAUGACGCUGAUCAUGAACAUGGAGGACGAUGAAUGGGAUGAAGUUGCUAGUGAUGAGACCGGCGACGGUAUCCCUUGGGUUAUGGACGCGGAAGAGAGGAAGAGAUGUCCGCUGUACCAACAGUAUUCGUACCAGAAACAUGAGCCAUUCUCUACUGGAACACACAAUCUUUCUUAUGCGCGGCCGAUAUCAUCGUGUCGCACAUUCAUCGCCCAGGAGGUUGAAGAUGAGAUCAAGCGUAUGAAAACUGUGAUCGCUGACCCUGAUCUCUUUCGCCUCUUCGAGAACACGUGGCCCAGCACGCUGGAUACGACGAUUGCAUGGCGCGGAUGGUCCAACACGACGGUCAAAGAGACGGAUCUCGGAAAUGGGGAAGGAGAACCGCAAGAGCUGAGUUUCGUGAUUACUGGUGACAUCUACGCUAUCUUGCUGAAACCAGAUACGAAGUUCGACAGUCUCGCAAGUCUGUUUCGAGGUGCUAUCAACCUCCAGGCGAGGUAUAUCCUCGAAAGCCCUUUCUGCAACGCUUUCCAAGCUCCCGAUGAGAGCGGCGUGAUCAGAUCGAGCAGCAUGAACAGCGACCAGAUCACACCUCACUUUGACUACUACAAAGUGUUUUCGUGCCAAUGGGAGCUCGACUCUGUAGCCAGCUUCCUCCAGCUGAGCGUCGACUACGCCACUGCCACCAAGGACUACGACUUCUUCAAGAAAGGCAAUUGGACCAAGGCCGUCGAGACGAUCCUGCACACAGCAGAAAGCAUGACCAUGGACUCCUACGACGAUCUCGGCAACUGGCAACGCACUCCAUACACAUACUGCGCCCCAUACGGCGGAACCCCGAUCAAUGAAUGCGCCGGCUCACCGCACAAAGGCCACAUCGGCCUGAUCCGCAGCUACCACCGCCCCAGCGACGACGCAUGCACAUACCAGUACCUCAUCCCAUCCAACAUGAUGUUCAGCGCCGCACUCAACGCCUCCGCCCUCAUCAUGGCGCAUAUCACCCCGCCCACCUCAUCCAGCAACCUCACAACAUGGAUGCGGCAAAUGUCCACCGGGAUCCGCACCGGCGUCGAAACCCACGCCAUAGUGUCCGACCCACAGUUCGGCAAGAUCUACGCCUACGAAAUCGACGGCUACGGCUCAGGAAAUAUCAUGGACGACCCAAACAUCCCCUCCCUUCUCUCGGCCCCCUUUCUGAACUACCUGCCGCGCGACGAUCCGGUCUACAUGAAUACGCGGCGCAAGAUCCUGUCCAAGUCGAACCCAUACUACGCCUGGGGUCCCAUUUUAACGGGCGUGGGCAGUCCGCAUACGCUGCCUGGCAAGCCAUGGCCGAUGGCGAAUGUGAUGGCGAUUCUGACUAGUGACGAUGAUGAGGAGAUCAAGCAGAAUUUGAAAUGGCUGGUGGCGAGUACAGAUGGGUAUGGACUCAUGCAUGAGAGUGUGAGUGCACAGGUGCAGGGGGUUUGGUCGAGGCAGUGGUUUAGUUGGGCGAAUGGGCUGUUUGGGCAGGCUAUUCUUGAUCUGGAGAAGAGGAGGCCGUGGUUGCUGAAAGAGAAUUUUCAGUGA